GGCAUCGAUGACAUCCUCGCCAUGCUGCUCGCCUUUGCAGCGAGCCCGGAUGAGGUUGACGUGCUGCUCAUCUCGCUGACCUUUGGCAACAUUGAAGUGCAAAACUGCCUCCGCAAUGUCGUCUCCAUGCUGCAUAUUCUCGACCGCGAGAUUCAAUGGCGCAAAGACCAGGGCAAGCCCGAAGGAUUCGACACGCUGAGAGUGCGCAAGCCGGUGAUUGCGGUGGGAGCCCAGGAGCCGCUGGACGAUCAGAAAAUGCUGGCCGACUAUUUCCACGGCAAAGAUGGUCUCGGGGGUAUUCACUUUAGCCACCCCCAUCUCACCCCUGGCGAGUCGUGGGAGCAUCUCUUUGCGCCCAUCUCGGAUCCAGAUGUGCUUCCGAAUGUGACCUCUUCGACAUCGCACCAGUCCUUUGUCCCAUCUAGACAGCAUGCAUCCGACGAGAUCCUGCGAGUGUUGCAGGAAAACGAGGCCGAUACAGUGACCAUUGUCGCUGUUGGCCCCUUGACCAACCUCGCGCUGGCUGCUGCCAAGGACCCAGAGGCUUUUCUGCGUGUCAAAGAGGUUGUCGUCAUGGGCGGCGCGAUCCACGAAGCCGGAAAUGUCACCCCCGUAGGCGAAUUCAACGCCUACGCCGACUCAGUCGCAGCCGCGCGCGUCUUCGCACUGACAUCCCCAAAUCCACGCAGCACACUGCCCCUCAGCACCAAACUCCAACCUUACCCAGCGCAGCUCAGCAAGCAACUGGUCCUCAAACUGUUCCCACUGGACAUCACUCUACAACACAACCUCAGCCGCGGCGAUUUCGAUCACACCAUUGCGCCGCUCCUGCAAGCUGGCAGUCCGCUGGCCGAGUGGGUGUCUGCGUUUAUGGCGCAUGUUUUCCAGACGCUGGAGCGCCUGCACCCGGGCCACGAGGGCUCCAGUGCCAAGCUUUCGCUGCAUGAUCCCGUGUGUGUCUGGUAUGCGCUGACCGCAGAUGAUGCGCGGUGGAAGGCGACGCGCACGUCACCAGAGGAUAUCAGGAUUGAGACAGUUGGGCAGUGGACGAGGGGUAUGUGUGUGAUCGACCGCAGGAACAGGCACAAGGUUGAUAGUGAGGUGGAGAGUCAUAGUGAUCAUGGACUGUGGCUGAAUUCCAGGGCCGGUAAUAGGAUCAUCCGUAUGGAGGAGUCCCCCGGAGGAGACUCUUUCGGGCUGGUUUUACUGAAGAAGCUUUUUGGCUAG